AUGAAAACGACUCCAGUUUUGCCCUUGCUCGAGAAGGUCACGGAAACAGUAACACUGUACGCCGGGAACGUCGAACUCAAGGCGAUAGGCGAAAUGUUAGUGCAAAUCAAGCUGGAAAGGACUAAACAGAAGAUCAAUCAGCGGGUGUAUGUCACAGAUAAUACUCGGUGCCCGGAUAUGAUCGCUGGGGAAGAUCUCAUGAGCGCCAUGAAUGGCAUCGAACCUCAGGCCAACGGCAGUGCCAUAGCCAAGCCUCCGGACGUGCGCAGUUUACUUCCGCCCCGACCUGCUGCAACUGUCGACCUUAGUGGCGAAGACGAGGACUCGAACAACGAUGCGGGGUCGCAAACCCAGAUAUCAGAGGAUCGAGGGACAACAUCAGACCAAGGAAAGAUACCUUUUAGCAACUUUUCUGACGCGUCAGGGGUCCAGACAAAACCCACGGACGCCACAUUUCCCAAUCAGUUCGGACACUUGACAGCCAAGGCUGCGGAGGAAGGCAGAUCGUCUGAGAAACCUGCAACAAACCGGAUGUUGCUCGUUGGGAAGGAUAUACUGCCGUUUCUGUGUUCAUUUAUUAUUUGUGCAGAGAUCGUCGCCACUGUUUUUGUUAUGUGGCGACGAGAGGGAGAAGGUGCACCCCGCCCGAUGAUCUUAUUUUCAUGGCUCCUUUCGCAGUUACUCCAAUCACCAAAUGACACGGUCCGAUUCUUGAUCUCGGCGCUCAAGAUUGUUGGAUUACUGGUUUUAUUGGUAGGAGUAUGGGCGCGCUUUGAGAAUCCACGGUGUGCACAGCCGAGGAGAGACUAUAUCGAUCGGACGCAUUGA